AUUUGUUAAAGUUGAAUUAAGAAGACGAUUCCAAAUAUUGAGAUAUUUACAUUAAUAGCAACCUUACAACCCCCAAAACACUAAGAGGUGAUUCGACCCCCCAAUUUUUUUUUUCAAAAUAGUGAAUUUGAACGAUUUAUCCCUACCCAUUUUCCCUGAGUUCGCUCCUGCAAUGCCUACCGAGACGGGGGUUAUCUGACUGUGACGUCACCGGCGGGUAUGUAGUAAACAAGGCAAUGCCAUUUUGUGUACUAUGCACGUACGCCUGCAUAUUUACUUUUGUGUCAAAACUUCAUUUUAUCGCUAUUGAUUUCAUGUGAACGAUAUUAAAAGGAAGUAAUAAUCAUUGAAAGUCAUAUAGUCAAUAAUAUGUCCCUACAUUGUUAAACUUUUUUUCUUUGUAGCGAUUUUAGACGAUUUAAUGCUUUGUUUUCGUUCGGGACUGUGUCCGUAUGGCGAAACAAGUCAUAAACUGCAGUUGAAGUUGUAUCUUCGAGCCGGAGAAAUUGCAAAGAGGAAAUGAUUAAAAAUAUAUUUAUGGUCGUACUAUUAUUCAAAAUAUGUAAAUUCCCUCACAAUGAUACCAUAGACCCUAAAGGAAUAAUUUCAAGGCGAAUAAUAUGAAAUUUGAUCGAGGUCUUCUCACCAGUCGAUAAACGUAGCAGACGUAUUAUUAUGACAUAUUCAUCCGCCGUGUGAAGCGGCUCUUGCAAAAACACAGUUGGUUGCGGAAUUGCUCUGUGCCUACCGGCCGCCCGCUCGGGCGCAGCUAGCUGUCGAGCUACCGUAUAACGUCUUCAACUCACUUGCGAAUUGCGUUUGGAUGUGGGACGGUGACUUCUAACGUUAUUAAAUAUAGAAAACAACUCGGAAGGUCGAUAGUACGUUUUAUUCAAGAUCGUUCUGUGGAAUGAACUAUCAGUGGAAGUGAUCCAGAGGGUAUAAAAAUGGAGUCAAAGACUAAAGGAAAGAAGAAAAAGACGUCAGGGGAUCGCUGUAUGGUCAUGAAUUGCGGGUCGACAUACCAGUCCGCUACAGUACAUUCAAUGCCUGGGCCUUUGCCAGCUGCUGGGGGUAGGUUUUCUGCCCUCCAGAUGGCAUGGAUACAUUUCAUCAAGCUUCACAGGGUAUUUGACCACACUCGUGUAAAGCACAUACAUGUAUGUAGUUUACACUUCGACAAAAGCCAAUAUGACCCAACACAACUUCAAAUGUAUGAGAUGGGACUCCGGAAAAACCCGCCUAAACUCCUGCCAGAUGCUGUCCCCCACAUCUAUGAACCUGCUGCCUCUACCUCGACUACAACUCUCUCCGAACCUCUUGCAACCCAUUCCAGCUCCGAGUCCCACUCAUCUUCGCAAACAACAAGUUCAACAUCCAACAUGUCCAAGAGCAGUGCCAGUGAAGCUGUGGGUGUGGCUGCAGCUGCAGCAAGGCCAUCGACACAAGGAAGAAUUCUGCUUGCCUCUGACUCUGCCUCAAAGCCACAAGUCAAACGGCAAAGAACUUCGUACUUUAGAAAAAAGGAAGUUGCGGACAUCACUAAGGAAUAUGAAAAGAAAAAUGCAGAGGAAAUCACCAAAGAUAUUCUUGGACGGAGUAAAGGGUGUCAGUACCACUACUCGGCGAAGAAAUUUCAUCGAAGAGUCGGCAUUAGAAUCUGGAGGCGAUCUUGCAAAGUGCAAGUAAAACCGAUCACUAUUUCAAGAGGAAAGCAAGUGAACUUGCCAAGGCUAAUGGCGGAGGUAUGCGAUGCGGUCACACAGACUGAAGAGAUUGUUGUGUUGCCACCACCAGUGAACCCAGAUGAAGGACCAGCAAGUGAACUGGAUGAACCAGAGCCAGAGGAUGAACCUGAGGAAGAUGAUGAGAGUAAAGAUCCCACGUACAUUCCAUCUGAAGAAACUAACUCGCCAUGCAAGGAAAGACCACCAGCACUAUCUCAACCAAAGAGCCCACUAGAGGAGCAAAAAUUCAUCGUGUUUGAGACAAACCUAUUGGAGUUGUUUCAAGUAUGCCUGUCAUGCUUGUCAAGGAACAUGAACGUGGAGAAGGUGUGUCCACACACUUACGGAUCUGCCAUGAAAGUGGUGGCUACAUGCCUCGACUGUGGUCACCGUAGAGAUUGGCAGAGUCAGCCCAAGGUUGGCGAUGUCAUGGCUGGCAACUUCAUUCUGGCAGCUGCUAUACUCUUUGGGGGUGGUAGCCCCACCAAGUUUCUUCGGAUAUUGAAACAUAUGAACUUAAAAGCCAUCACAGUGGAGACCUUUAUGAAGCACCAGAGGGAAACUCUACAGCCAGCGAUCAUCAGGGUAGCUAAAGAGGAGCAGAGGAAGGUCAUCCAGGAGAUUCCUGAAGGGGAGGGACUGGUACUUGGUGGCGACGGACGGGCAGACUCCCCUGGACAUUGCGCCAAGUAUGGGGCUUAUACUCUGAUGGACCUCAAGAGGAAUAAGAUUGUUGAUGUGCAGUUAGUUCAGAGCAAUGAAGUAAGGAAUAGCAAUGCCAUGGAGAAGGAAGGACUAAGGAGGGGACUUGCCAAACUUGAAGAGCUGAAUGUCCGGGUAGACACUCUGGUUACAGAUAGACAUGCCCAAGUAGCUAAGUGGCUUCGAGAGAACUAUCCUGAGAUCACGCACAAGUAUGAUGUUUGGCACAUUGCCAAGGGUCUCCUGAAGAAAAUCAGUGCCAUUGCAAAGCUGAAAGAUUGUGAAGUUCUUGGAAGAUGGAAAAAAUCCAUAAACAAUCAUGUGUACUGGUGUGCAUCUUCGACUCCAGAUGGUGAUGGAGAUAUCAUCGUCGCCAAAUUCCAAUCAAUCCUCAACCACAUCAGGAAUGUCCAUGAGAAUCACGGAGAGCUGUAUCCAUCAUGUUCCCAUGGAGAGGACUAUGAAAGACGAGAAUGGAUGACCCAAGGUUCAAAGGCUUUCGAUAAGUUGUCCCAGGAAUUAUCGAAAACCAGACUCAAGAAUGACAUGAAGAAGAUGUCCCCUCUUGCACAAACCAGUUCAGUCGAGGCCUUUCACAGUGUGAUGCUGUAUUGGUGUCCGAAAAUGCUGGCCUACUCAUAUGCAGGCAUAAAGUGCAGACUGGCAAUCGCUGCCUUGCACUGGAAUGAAAAUGCUGGAAGGAGCCAUGCAACUAAGGCUGAUGGAACACCCAUGUACAAAAUCAACUACCCCAAAGCCAAAGAGGGUGGCCACACUGUUUCCAGAGUACUGACAAAUUGUACAUACAAUUAUGUGACACUCCUCAUGGAAGAGACGAUGAAGCUUGUGUCUGAAAAACAGAAGAUCCGUUCAACUAUCCCGGAACUAGAGGGAAAACCACCUCUGUGCUCAGGAGUGGAACGUCCUGAUAAAGCUGAGGCUGUUCAACGGUUGAAUGAACAUCGUCGAUUUAUACACCAGUGAAGAUGGCAAUGCUGCCAUUGCCAUGUGAGGAGAAUGACUUUGAAACUAAGUAGCAGUCUGUUAGACUAUUCAUCUUUGGAACUUGAAAUAUUUUGCCAGAUAUAUGAAGGGCAGGAGAAAUCAUGUUGACUGUAAAACCAUUUUUCACCUCUUCUGAAAAGUAUAUUGUUAUUCACUCCAGAUGAAAACUUUAUGUAUAAUUCAUUGUUGCAUUGAAGAGAAGUCAGAACUACAACGGUGAAUAGAUGCUGAAUCAGUUUGAUCCAUACUUUUGUCCAAAAAGUUGUCCAAAUGUGUGCUUCUACUAUGAGUGCCUAGAGUGUCCUAGUUUUUUAGUGUUUUUAUAUGCCCUAGUGAAGGGACUUAUUAUGGUAGCAAGUUCGGUGUCCGUCUGUGUAUCCGUUAACAUUUUUUUUCCUUCAUUUUUUUAAGAUAAUCAGAUUUCAUUGACAGAAUCAUCUAUGUAUGGCUUUAUUAUAUUAAAACACACAAGUAUGGGUACUUGGAUGAUUGUGAUUUCAGGUAGCUGUCUCAUCUAAGUUUUAUAAAGAUAGAUUUUGUCUUGGCAAAGACCUAGCAUCAUUUUUUUUUUUUUUUUUGCUGAAUUUGCUCUCGUUUGUGUUUAUCCUUGGGUAAUCCCACAUGUGUUCAUGAUGAUGAUGAUGAUGAUGGUAUGUCAAAGGUCAUCUAGGGGUCAAAUGAUAUGAGGCAACCUGUGUAAUUUUCUGAGUUUUAUUUUCACUAAUUUAUUUCUGCAUCAUCUGUGUCCAGAUUCAUGCUCAUGAGGAUGAGGUCAUCUACAGUCAGCAGAUAAUAUGUUUAAUCGAUUGCAUAAUCAGGCGAGAUGUUUUUUUUCCAAGUAUGCUUUUCCAAUGUUAAUCAUUUUGUUAAAAUCAUGGUGAGCUACACAUUGUCUAGUGUUUUAUUUUUUCCAUCUGCAAGAGGUGUGCGCAUUUAUCACAGAAUACUUAUUUGAAGCAGAAAAUACAGUUUCCGGGAUAUAAUACAAUUUCCAUUCCCAUAGGUUUGCAUAUUCGCUUAUUACUAGUGUUUCGUUUUACCUUUGACCGUCUGGAAGGUGUUAGAGAAGAUGUUUAAUAGUAUUAUGUAACCAAGCUGGGGUAACAGGGUUUUUUUUCAGGAUAUCUUUUUAGCCUUGUGAUUGAUGAUACAUUCUUUUAGAUUAUUGAACAAAUAUGUUUAUCAUUUUCCAAAUUGAAAAGAGAAAUACCAGUAGAUGAACAUGUACAAGUGGUACAACCCAUUUGAAAGAUUUUCACUGUAAUAGGACAUGUGUAAUAACUUUUAUAAAACAAACAAGAUGUUGGUUAGAGCAGGACACUUACUAUGGAUUAGUUUUUCAAUAAAGACAUAUAUUUUGUUUGAAAAAUGGCAUUUAAUUUGUCUGAUUACAUGUAUGUACAUUUCCAGUUGUAACAGUUCACAAACAUCUUUGCAUAAAAUUUUUCCAUGUUUAGAGCGUUGUGAGCUCUUCUAAUUUGAUGUCACUUUUAUGGCAGCUGCCCAAUGUUAAUUGUUAAGGUAAAAUAAGGUUUGUAAACUGUUCACUCCAACUCUGUAGCCUAUUAUAUAAGAACGUUUUACAGUGCAGUCCACUCCUGUACUGAGCACAGAUACAAGUUUUGAAUAUCAAAAGGAAAUUAUCCCAGUCCCAAUUUCAAGCUAUAUUCACUCAAAAAUUGUUUCCUUGUAAUGAGGCAAUUGUCAUUAUUCAAUCACCCGAUAACAGAGUGGACUGUUCUGUAUAUUGUGUUAGUGAGAGCAAACUUAAGUGUGAGGGCUUGUUUAUUUUUAUGAUAGUGUGUUGAUUAAAUCAUUAGAAAUUCAGAGAAACAAGACAUCUUUUAGAGCAAGGAAUCUUGAUAUACAGUUACCAUUGCCAAGUCAAACUGCCAAUUUGCAUAAGUAAAAUAAUUGCCAAAAUCGAAGGUCUGUGAAAGUCAUCUUUUGCAUUCUAUUAUUUAAAUCACUCAUGUGUCAAUGUUAUGAAGUCAAAGUUAUCAAAUCCCUACCAAUUUUUCUUUGAUGAGGUUGACUAUAUACUCCGAUAUUUUUGGUUUGUAUUCUAUAACAUGAAUGUAUGGGACCAGAAUAUAACUUGGAUAAUGUAGAACUCUUUACACCAUGUUUCUACAGUACACUGCAAUACAAUGUCAAAAUGAAGCAAGUGACAUUUCAAACAAGUGCAUGAUAUAUAGUUUUUCACUUAAUACCUGCACUUCUUUUCAAAAUGAAUACAUAAAAUUCAAAUACAUGUGUCGUCACUGGCUUUGUUAUUUCACUUUUUGGCAGUAAUUCUGUUAUAACAAGGUGUGAGUUAUCAAGCAAAUAGCCUUGCUCAAACGA